AAUAUGAACUCUCGUGGGUUGAUUUUGACGCUUGGCGUGGUGAUCGCUGUAGCAUUCGCACAACAGGACAGUGAAGUGGAGAGAGAAAUGAUGAAGCGUAAAUCAGCGUAUAUGCGUUUCGGACGUUCUGACGGUGGAAACCCAAUGGAAAUGGAAAAACGGAAGAGUGCCUACAUGCGUUUUGGAAAGAGAAGUAGCGGAGGUGAUGAGCAAGAGCUUGUUGGAGGAGAUGACAUUGAUAUGGAAAAGAGAAAGUCCGCCUACAUGAGAUUUGGAAAGCGAUCUGGACCUCAAGAAGAUGAUAUGCCAAUGGAAAAGAGAAAAAGUGCCUACAUGAGAUUUGGAAAGCGAUCAUCAGAUAUGGAAGUUAUUGGAAAUGAAGGAGUUGAUGGAGAUGCACAUGAUCUUUUUAAAAGAAAAUCCGCAUACAUGAGAUUCGGAAAACGUUCCAUGGGUGAGGAGGAGGACCACGAUAUGAUGAAGAGAAAAUCAGCAUACAUGAGAUUCGGACGAUAAAUUUUGGACAAACUUGGAUCUAUCAUUUAUACAGGCUCACACAUUUAACUUAUUUUAAAAUCAAAUACCUUUUAAAAACUCUCAACUCUCCCGAUGAUAAAACUGACAGUUUCUUUCUUUUACAUUAUCUUCAUGUAAACCUACACUUUUAAUCCCUACUUUUUACAAUUCUCCCAUCCUCUUCGUUUCCUUCGAUUGAUAAAGUUUUGCACCG